AUGGCUACCUCCUGCCAGGAAUGCAUCAAGGGCUCUAUCCACCAGGGAUUCCCCCAGGGCAAGGAAGAGCUGAUCUGCGGCCUUAACACGUACGUGGUCGGCAACCGCACCAACCCCCGGGGCAUUAUCGUCAUCUACUCGGACGUGUUUGGCCUGGCCCUGCCCAACAACAAACUCAUCGCCGACGCCUACUCCAAGAGCGGGGAGUGGCUGGUCUACCUGCCGGACUUCUUCCAGGGCGAUCCCGUUCCGCUGGCGAUGGCGGACCAUCUCAUCCCCGUAGACCCAUCCAAGCAGUCGACAUUCUCCAAGUACACGGGGCUUCUGGCCAGCGCGCCCGCGUUUCUCAUGUGGCAGCGACGCCACCGCGAGGGGCCAACCGAUAAAGUCUGCAUGGAGUUCCUGCAGGCGCUGCGCCGCGCCACGCCCCAGACCCCGAAGAUCGGCAUGGUGGGAUUCUGCUGGGGCGGCAAGUACGCGGUGCGGGCUGGGCUGGAGAGCAACAUGGUCGAGGUGGACGGGGCCAAGGUGCCGCUGGUGGAUGCGGUCGUCGCCCUGCAUCCCAGUCACCUGGCCAUCCCCGGGGAUGUCCAGACUCUGGUCGUGCCGGUGUCCUUCGGAUGGGGCCGGGAGGACAGCUUUGUCGAUAUCGGACAGAUGGCUGCGGUGCAGGGCCUGCAUGCGAGCCUCGCAAAGACAGGGCGAGAGCUGCCCGACAUGGCGCAUCAAGAGUAUAAGCCCGGACGACACGGGUUUGCAGUGAGAGGCAACCCGGAUGAUCCGCUCGAGAGGGCGUGUCUGGAGGACUCGGUCACGCAGGUUUUAACCUGGUUCGCGCGCUGGCUUUGA